AUGAAAGAUACCUGGCCUGUUAUUAUUUUAACCUUACUUUUGGCAGGAUUUGCUGGGAUUUUAAUCUGGGGACUGGUAAGUGUGCAUAAUUUUGAUAACUGAAAAAAUGAUCCAGAGAGAUUUUAUUUACUUCGGUAAACGGAAGGUAAAUAUGUUAAUUUAUGGUGGUAAUAUGGAGAGAAAAGCCCCUUUGGAGUCUUUUAUCUUGUAUUGUAAUAGUGGAUGGAGGACUUGUCAAAAUCGGUUAUUCUAUAGAUUAGGUAUUAAAUUUGCAAAUCAUGGAUUGUUGGGGAAACAAAUUUGACGAGACACGUGAGGUAGAUCUCUUUAGUUCCUUAGCCGAUUGUAAAACUGUUUUUCACAACAGGAUCUUUGGUUAUAAUCAUGGUUUAUGUUGCAGAGACGAAAAUCUAAAGCGACAGAAAUUAAAAAGAAGUCAUUUUAACAGAUGAAACCAAUUAUUCUGGAUUUAGCCGAAGCUUUCAGUUCGCCGACUUCCGCAUCUAAGGAUUAUGAAUUUAAAUCGAUUAUCGUGGCCCUUAAAGAGGUACCUUUAAAAUUUAAAUUGACAAGUAUUACCGGUUAAAGAAGUUAGACUGGUUUCCUAGAGUAAGCUUUAGAUUUAGCCACCAAUAUCGGGGCAUCCUUAAAAGGCUAAUUUGAAAAAAGAAACCAAUAAAACGCGUUGUUUACAGUGAGCUAACUGAGCCAAGGGGUGAACGGCUUCAACCAAGAGUUCCUUUUUUAAGCCUUUUCGUAUUGACAUCUUGAGAGAAAUGCGCAGAAACUGAGAAUCGUGAUUCUAAGUUAAGCUAAAAUAUUGCUUUUUUCACCGAACUGAAUACUGAUACGAAGCCAGUAUCGUUCUCCGCUAUUUAUACUUAACGACUGGGUCACAAACGGUUUUCAAGCGUAUGGAAACGAACACUGUCGACUAGUCGGCGCCGCUUGGUUCGUUUAAGUUUAGGUGCGUUUAAAAACGCAUAUUUUCCAUUACACCUGUUAAAUCAAUACUAGAAUAAAACCUGAAAACUUAUAUGCGCUGAAAAAAAACGAUUAUAUUGUUUCCUUAAUUUCAGCUAGUACUUAAGAGCACCUUUUGUUCAUCUGGGAAUCGUAAUGUUUAAACUUAUCGAACGACCUUUUUAAAUAACAAUUUUGCCAUGGUACUUCCUCCCUCUCUCUCUCUCUCUCUCUUUUUUAUUUACAAUAUUUCUUUUUAUUCUCUUCCCCCAAUCUUCAAUAUUUCCCAAAUGCAUCGCCUUCAGACUGAUAUUGCUCCUACCCAAAACAAAACUCGUUCAUCUGAAAAAAAAAAAAAAAAAAAUCGACUAAAUUGGUAUUAGACAGGCUUUUGCAAGAACUUAUAGAUUAUAUGUUUUCCAAACAGACUUCUUUCGUUACUAAUAUAAAUACUGUCCGAUGCCCGAGGAACGCAUGUUAGCUCCAAAGCCAAAACAAGCAAACUGCUACAAUCUUUAAAAAACAAGGGAACCGGAACAGCGUGUCAACAGCGUGUCCUUGACGUGAAAAUGGGGAAUUUUACUUCUCUGGUUUUUGGUACGAAUCGCGGAAUGGGAGCUGAAUGUUAGUUAUUUCGGUUCUGAAAAACCUAGCUGACAAGCUAUCACGAAAGGAUGGGGAGCCUUACGUUUCAGUAAUGACAUGGUUAAGAACACUCUUGUCUUUACCAAGUUCCUUUUACUGUUUUUCGCGUAAAUUAAGAACUCUUUAAAGAUGAAGUUGUAUUUUGAUGCAAUACAGUAGAACCCCGGUAACGCGAACUCUGAAGGGACACGAAAAACAGAUUGAAUCUUCAAUUUACCAUGUUUUAUAGUUAACUUGUAUUUCAGCUCAUCAAUAUACAGCAGAGUGCAAAUUAAGUGACUCAUUAGAAAUUGCAACACGUUUAGGCAUUUUUAUGAUAAUACAGCGAAAUGAAUGACUGCAAAUGCGUGAUCUGUUCGUUGCACUGAUUAAUCUCGCUUGCGUAAGCAGCGAGACUCAUAAUCUGCAAUGCAUUUUUCGCCCCGGGGGGUACCUCCCUUAUAUAGCUAUAUAGGUAUGUGCGGCGCCAAAGGGUAUGUUUUUUUUUUGCCGUUUUGGUCUGAAAUAAAGUAUCAAUUAAUUUCGACCAUUUUGGUCUGAAAUAGGAUAUGGUUUUUGCACUCUAGUCUUGAAUUGGCUAUGUUUUUUAGAAGAAGCUACUUCUUCAUCAUUUAGUUUUGAUAAGACAUUUCAUUUCUUCAUCAUCGUUUUCGUCGUAUUUUAUCCACAAAGAGGGGGUAAUUGUGUCAGGCGUUCCGUGCGGAGACCUUGGAGGCUGGGACUCAGACUCGUUGCGUGAUCGAAGCCACGCAUGUUUAGGAAAGAUUAAAUUUAGAGCUUUUCCGAAACGUGCCGGUCCACGAAUUCUAUCGCUUGAAAGCGUUGAUUACUUUGGAACAAGUGAACACUACUGAGUAGUCGGAAAAAAAUUCUUAAUUAGCAAAACUGCGAUGAUCGGGUGUUGUAAACUUUCAUUGUAUGCAAAUGGCCUUGUGAUGAGCAUACGGUUUAUUUUCGGCGAUGAUUGAAAUGACGUUCCAUGUAAACUAGAAAUACGUGUAUCGCAGAAACCUCGCGAAGCUCGGGGGUAGCCCAUAAGGGGUGGGAGACAGAGGUCAUACAGCGACCACGAAUAUGUCACACACUAAUAUUCUGAGGAUAUCCGAAAUACUAUGUUAGUUUCGAAUAAUAUAGGAACAAAAAUACAGGGGGCCAGCAAUAAAAAUUUUUUUGUCAUGUUUGACUCAAAAGACACAGCUGCGUUUAUGUAUACAAGGCUGCUAUACGUAUAUUUAUUUUACUUGUGAAGGAAAUUGAAUGAAAAUUGUAAGCUUUUAAUAAACGAAAAAUUUUGCCCAUUAAGGAUUUUGUUUACAAAAUGUAACGCUUCCCUACAUGUCACACAUUAUCGGUGUUGUAAACUGUUCAUUGUAUUUAAUAAAGCUUACUGUAAAACGGUGAAAAGGCUGAUCGACUGUCCUCAGUCCGUUGCAAAGAUACUCCUCCUGUCGAUUUUACAGAUGGUGUAAUUCUUGCUUCCUAUCGUUGCAUCGAAGAAGAUAAUUUUGCCUGUAAACUUGCCUCUCCUUGUGCAUUCUAUUGACCGAAUACUGAAACGUCGGCAGUCGGUGUUCCCUCUCUUCGUCGGCUUCUUUUGCAGUGUAACUGUAGUAUUUUGUUGUCAACUCUUUACAUAUUCGUGGUCGCUGUAUAACCUCUGUCUCUAGUUGACAGUGUUUGGCUUCGAUGUGCCGUUACUCGCGCUGAAUUUAAAGUCGACGUCCUCGCUCUUGCGGAGUUUUGUUUUUAAAUCUUUCCCAGCGAGGAUUUCCAGCCACUUGUUGAAUCCACCGUCGUUGAGUUUGCUGUUCUGUUUUAUUUACCUGAGAUAUUGGGUGGUGACUCACCGAUUGAAACAUUGUUAUAAUUCACAGAUGAAAAAACCCGUCUUCAAGAAGAAAACCCAGAGCUUUGUCGUCGAUGGCAAUCGGUUGUCUGGAAACCCAUAGUGCACUUUGACGUCACUACUGGAUGACGUCAAGGCGGACACCAACCAAACUCGAUAGAUUUAUAGCCAAGAGGAAAUCACACUGGCCUUGCGAUGCUUGAGUGAUACACGAGCGCUUCGCGCGCGACGAGAUUAUAUACCUCGCUUCGCAAGGAAUUACUUUUUUGGUCCCUGGCAAUGAUGUAAUUUCUCUGGAAUCGAGGCCCUUGAAUUUUCGUGUAUUUAUACAGGCGUAUAGCCUGCGACCGCAGACGUAUUUCCGGUCGUCGCUAACACGCGUAUUAAAUCAAUUCUGAGACAAGUAAAAAGUAUCGACGUCGAUGAAGUAGGAAGUCUUUAGCGAGUAAAUCCUGUUUCGUGUAGAAUUGAUCGCCUCCUCAUUUCUCGAUCUAAUCUCGAAGCAAGUGAGACCGAAUGCCGCUGUUAGCGCGUUCUUGUUUAAAACAAAUUGUGUAGGGUUAGUUUUGGGUGUUUUAUGAUUGCAUGGCAAGAAGCGCUGUAGAGAUGGCAAUCGUGCUGAGUUGCAAGAACCAGAAUUCGAGUUAUCGGGGUAAAUUUCAGUGAAAUUUUGAUGAAGGGAAACGAAAUUUAGUUCGAUUUAGUGAGGAAUUCGAGUUAUCCGAGUAGAAGUGACUGAAAGGUAGGUAGUUCGAUUUAGCGGGGAGUUCGAAUUAUCCGAAUUCGAGUUACCGGGGUCCUACUGUAGUUAGGAAGCAAACUGAAAAAUUUUAAUUUUCUUCCAAAUUGUACAUUGUGAAAAGCUUGAUUCAUUGGAAAAAUGUUUCAUUUGACAUUUUCUGUAAAUAAAGGGUUCUUUAAAUUUUAUUCAUAUUAUUUACUUUAACUUCCAGGAUACAUCUAAAAAUCCUGAUCACUUUCCAGGCUCUUUCACACGAGGCGUGAUGGAAGGAAUUUGGUGGUCUUUCGUGAGCAUGACAACAGUUGGGUGAGAAUAGUUAAGCACGAUGCCUGGCUUCAUUUAAGUCGUGUAAUUUCUCGACUAUCGCUAUGACCAACUGCUUAUGUGUUAUAUAAAUCCAGAUCCGACUUACUGGUCCGUAAUUGCACCUUUAGGCAGGCCCAAACUCAACAUGCUUAAAAUUGGUUUAUUGAAAGAACUACCACGGAUAGUCCGUUGUUUACUUCCGAUAGUCAGAAAUAAUAACUGAACGUAAGCGGAACGAAAUACGAAAGGGUAAGGGGAAAAUCGCAACCAAAAAUAAAAAGCUACAAUAAAAGUAAUGGUUUAAACUGUUUUUUGAAGUGUGUUUUUGUAGGAAUUUAGACAGUCCAGGAACAGUCCAUUUUACCGAUAAUGUUAUGUUUUUGAGUUUAUAUUGCGUUAUAGAUCCAAUUUUCAUGAGGCGUUUGGAAAUUUUUAUCAAAACCAGUAUCGUGUAAGCAAUACUUAACGUUUGAUCUAAGGUGUAUUUCCAAUGGUACGUAGUUUUGAAGUACGCUGUACGCGCUUAGAAUUUACGUGCGAAAAUAUAAGAGAGGCGAUCUUUGAAAGGGCGCACGUAAGCGUGAAAAAUAAGCAACGUUCAACUCUUACGUUUACGCGCGACCUUCCAUACAUGACCUCUGUUUCACGUACCCAGUAAUAUUAACGAGCGUACUCGUGUAAAAAUUUCGCGACAGUGUAAUUCCACCUUAAGAGAGUUCCUUUCUGGAUACAGGUAUGGUGAUAGGACUCCAAAGUCACCGCCUGCACGUUUGUUUGGCAUCCUGUGGAUUCUUACCGGCCUUGUUCUUUGCUCGUUUUUCACCGCCACUUUCACAAGUGCUUUGACGUCAUCAUCCAUGCUACAUCGUAAUUCUCUGCUGGGAGUGAAGGUCAGCAUCAUCAUCACUAGCCUGUGUAGCUGGCAGGAUUAGAAACCUUUUGACUCUAAGACAAGGACGACUACGAGUACGAGAUUUUCUCAAUAUACUGUACUAAUUGGUGCUUGAGCGUAAACCAGCGUCAUUUUGGCGGGAAAAUGUGAUACAGGCGUCGUCAUUCCACUACGAGUCUUAGCGAGAAUGUUGUAGUGGCGGAAACAAGUCAACAAAUUAGAAGUCUUAUCAUUUUGCAAUCAGAAGAGAGCUUAACCUCCUUAAUAAAAAGAUAACACUGCUAACUUUUCUGCUGAAAAAAAGUGCAAUAAAGCUUUCUAGCGUGUCUGUUUUUUGACAAUGCGCGAAAAAAAACUUUAAAUCAAAUCUCGUACUCGUAGUCGUUUUUGUCCUCGAAUCUGAAGGUCUCUGUUGUUAUGCGCGGGCUCAAAAUUUGAUUGGCUCCCAAUCCUCUAGGGGCUCUACCACCGAAUAAACUAACAACACUUGCCUGCUAAAACCGCGAGCUAUGCUGGCUACAUCAUCGCCAUCAUCACAAGAAAGCGCGCGCACUCCAAAGGCCUUUAGGUUAAUGUUUGGCAGAGCAGCAGUAGUUAAAUUAAAUAUGAAAAUAAUAUCUGCAGUCAUGAAAUGUAAUUAGGCAAAUUUCGAAAAGGCUAAAUCUUGACACCUCAAAGUAUUUAACAGGAUUCGAUUCGAACGAUGCAUUAACCUACAUACAAUUCUAGGCAAUUAAAUUUUUCUUUCUUUUUUUUAAAUUCAUGUAUAACAAUGAAUUUUUCAGAAUGUAUUUUCAUCCUUGUUAUUUACAUCUAACCCUAUUCAGACCGUGCUUUUUUUCGCUUCCCGCGACCCAAGGGUGGGGGGGGGGGGGGGAAAAUACCCAAAACCCCCUUGCUUCAAACCCCCACAAAAAAAAAAAAAAAACACAAAUAAUAAAAAAAUUUUGUGGAAAAAUUGAUCAAAAAAAAAACAAAAAAAUAACAACAAAAAAAAAAUAAUGUAUAAUAAAUAAAAAAAAAACACAAAAUCACCCACAAUACAAACAAGACACAAAAAAAUAAACUACCUUAUUUAUUACUCUUUUUUUUUUUUUUUUUUUUUUUUUUUUUUAAUCUUUUAUUAUAAAUAUUUUUUUUAUUUUUUUUUUUUUUUUUGUUUUUAUACCUCCCCACCUUUCUCGGGGUUUGUUUUUCCGCGCCCGGGGGGGGGGGGAGGGGGGGGGGGGGGGGGCAGAAUCUCAAAACCGCUCGUGCUAUACCCACCAAAAUUACACAGAACAACGUACUCAUCAUUGCAACGUUUGGGGAUAACUUGGUCAACACAAUAGUGUAAUCUGACGUCAUUAUGACGUCAUAUUGUUGAAUUUAUAGGCAGAAUCCAAAUUUCCCUCGAAGUACACAUAAGGUCAGAAAAAUACUUAAAGAGUAAGGUCUUAAAUAAAGUCAAGAAGUUGGCUAAAAUAUAAAUAACCUUUAACAAAAGCAGUUAUGUCAUGAUGACGUCAUUUAUACCAAAAAAAAAAAAGGAACUGGAAGCAUCCGCCAUCUUGGAUCCGCCAUUUCGACUUACGAUUUAAAUGUAUUCCAUUUUGCUUAAAACCCAUACAAAUCGAGGAAUGUUUAAGAGAAAACUUGAUCUGAGUAUAAAAGUAUGCCUAGGAAGCAAAAAAAACUGCAAAAUGUGCAAUUUCGAGUUAACUAAGCACUGUUGAAAAUUAAACUUACCAUCUCUGGCAUUUGGUCGUAUUAACUCAUGUUUUUUCUCAAACUAGUCACAAAAACCUUGGAUUUCCUCAACAGUGACAAUAACUUUGAUAAAAUAACGCUAAUUUAAGUGUAAUAUAAUAAUUGCAUCGGUAAAGUUAGAUUUACAACCCAUUUUAAAGAAAAAAAAUCUGCAAAUUUUGAAAAAACGUGGAUGCCAAAACUUGCUUGCUAUUGUGACGUCACAACUACUUUAAAAUGUUCCAAAGGUAAUUUUUAGAAAAAUUCGAUAAGUUUUGUGGUCACUGGUUGAACGAUUUUUGAAGUUAUUCAACUUUUUUCGCGAACCCCCCUGGUCUGAAUAGGGUUAACUGUUGCCUCCAAAGAAAAUAACGGAAAGGUUCUUAACGUUAUAAAUGCCAACAAAGCAGCAAAUAAAUUUAUUGGCGUGGCGUGCGUAAAUCCUUAAUAGAAACCUCUCACAGGAAGUAAAUUGUCCUAUCAUGUCUUUGAAACCUCUUUUAAAAUAUCCCUCAACAUCAAGAACUGUUAAUCAUCGGUAAUCAUUCUCUCUUGUCAUCUUGGAAACUAUCUAAUGCACAUCCACUAUUGUGCUCUAUAUCUCACAAGGCUUCCUUGAGUUCAGUAAUGUUAAGAUACUAAGCUAACUUUUGAAGCUCACCCAGGUUGCAGUAUUGGAAGACAGUCAUGCAUACGAGGAGGCUUUAAAGCAGGCUGCCAACGUCAAAGGUAAAAGUCAUUAACCCUUGUCUUUUGGGUCUUUUGAGUCCCCUUCUCCCCCCUACUAAAAUGUUGAAUAGUUUUCAAAACCGUGCAAGCUAUGACCGCCAAACUUAUCGACUUUAUCCAAAAUUUAUCUGGGAAUAUUGUGACGUGUACGCCAUCAUUGACAUUACCAUGGAAUCGAGUUUUGACAGCCAUAUCUUUCAAAAUUGUGCUUUUGUUCUGCAAUUAAAAGUUUGACUUCAGUCUAUUUAUUGUAUUACACUUAGCUUUGCGUCAUUUUAACAAAUUUAUUAUAACUAUUAAUAAAUGUAAUCCAGGAUUUUUAAUGAACUGAUUUGAAAAAAAAAAAGGGAAUUCAAAAAGACCAAAUUGCAGAUGUUCGCAGAUGCUAGGUUCACCGAAUUUUCAACAGUGUUCUAGAAAUUUCAUGACUUACAGAUUUUUUGCUUCCUAAGCAUCUUUUUAUACACAGGUCAGAGUUUCUUUUACGGCUAUCUCGAUUCUUUUAGGAGUUUUAAGUAAAACUUGAAUAAAUUUAAUUAAUUCAAAAUGGCGGGAAUCCACGAGAUGGUGGGUGGUUGUGGAUGGUUCCAGUUCCUUUUUUUUAAUUUUUCACUUUACCGCUACUUUGAGGGAAAAUUGAAUCCUGGCAAUAAAUUCAACAAUAUGACAACAUAAUGACGACAAAUUUAGUCAUUGCGUCAAUCAAACUUUGCCCAGACGUUGGAAAUAAUGAGUAAGUUAUUCAGUGUAAUUUUGGUGGCCGUAGAAUGAGCGGUUUGAAGUUAUAGGCGGGGGACAUCAGAAGCUCCCCCCGGGGUCGCAGGUGGCAAAAAACGCCCAGUCUGAAUAGGUUCGGUAGAGACGUUGUUAUACGUAUCGGUGCAUUGAUAAAAAAAAAUUACUCUAAAGUGAGAAAUAAACAACACUUGUAGAUUAUUACGUUUAUCGUCAGAUGAUCAAAUCGUACCCUUUAAAAAUGGCCAGUUAAGAAUAUUUGAAAAAAAAAUUCUAAAAACCUUUUUGCAAGAUCCUAAGACAUCUAUAAUUCUACGCAAAAGUUCUGCCCCUCGCAGGUUUCAUUAGAUGGUAGAACCCAAGGAUUUUGUCGCCGAAAUUGGGAUAAAAACAUCUACCAUCUCAGACUAGAUGCAAAUUAAAGGGGGUAAUCUACAGGGCUACCAGACAAAAGUCCUCAAGGUUGCUUAAAUCGCCUGACCAAGUAAACGGAACUUAAAUUAAAUUCAAGAAGAGCGUCAACUACCAAUACACCCUUUGCAGCUAGCCAUUCACGUGGUGCAAAACCGUCAUGCUGGAAAGCAAAAGCCUUCCUUACUGGGACAAGAAAAGCAAAGGAAAUUACCAAUUAAAAUUAUGUAUGCUUUUUGUUUGUCUUGUCCCAGUGCGACUUUUGCUCUCCGGCCAACACGGCGGUUUGUACCACGUAAAUGGCUACCUGCAAAGGGCCUAUUGUUGAUCUUCUGCCGGGCGCCAUCUUCGCUUCGCUACACUCGCACCGCAUUCCAGCGUAGAGGGAUUAACAGCACAUUUCUGGUAUUUAAUUUAAUUGGAAUGCAACCUGACUCAUGAACGCUUAGUUAUUUCCUAUGCUGCAGAUUAUACCAGCUUUUUACGAAAUGUACGAUGCACUCGUGGUAAAAGAAGAGGGAGAGGGAAUCUUGGCGGACAUCUACACAGCUUCUUACUAUAUGGACAAAGUGGGAGACUCUCGGUUAGCAGUCACCAUGUUUUUUACUUCUCAGCGCUCAAUCGGAUUUGCAUUUGGAAGACCAGAUUUUGAGUUCCUUUCUGAUUGUCUCAGGGAUUUGUUUAAAUAUCGACAGCGAGACAUCAAAAAAAUUAUCUUUCGACACACGCAAGCAUUACAUGUAAGUCAUGUGUAAUUAACAUCGACUCAAAUCAGUGGGCUAAUAUAUAUGGUAUUUAAAAGCGAGGAGGAGUUAUUUCGUCAACUAUGCUACUUAACAGAGCUUUAAAAGCUAGAACAAACAGCAAAUUUCCCGCCUUUGGUGAUUCGUGAUUUGAAAUGUCAUGGAAAAAUUUGUCGACUAAAAUCUUGAUAAGAUCAAAGAGUUUAGGCAUUCACAUAUUCAGGUUCAGUCUUUGCGUCUGAAGUCAGAUAAGGCUUUCGAAAUCAAUGGAUAUCAAUCUGCGCGUGUUUUGAUUGGCUCCCGCAACGUUAGUACGAAAAAUAUGUUAUACAAGCGAUGAUUUGAUUUGGAUGGCUUGACGUCAUGCCACCUAUUAUGUCAUAUCUCGUAGCCAUAGAAACAGGCUGUUGGGUUCCUGUACUCUGAGAAUAAAAUUUGCCAAAAUGCGUUUAAGGAAGUAAUAAUAAUAAUAAUAAUAAUAAUAAUAAUAAUAAUAAUAAUAAUAAUAAUAAUAAUAAUAAUAAUAAUAAUAUGUAGCAGGGGUAACCAUCUCCUGUAUGAUCCCACUAGUGCAUGGCUUGAGGUGGUUUUGAAAAAUGUGAGGGGAACCUUUUGGACCGCCGGACUGGGUGGUAUUCACUCCCCUUAUCUGCUAAACUAGCAUAUUUUUGUGUUGGUCAAGUUCAAGGCAAAUAGUGGCAAAAUAGAACGGCUGGAGUGAGCCUGAGUGAAAAGAAAAGACUGAGGAGACACACUAACAUACUGCAUUCACGGAUUUGUUCAAAAUACGCGGUUUCGAAGCCUUAAGACUUACGAGCAUUGAUUAGGUUUAAGGGAAAGAUAUUAAACAUAGGUUUUGUUUUCAUCUCAACCUCCCCUUUAGACCGAAACCAAGAGCCGUCAAAUAUCAGAUGAAGACGAAGACAGUGUUGUGAAUUUACUGGAUGGAAACUCGCCUGGAUUUUGGACUGCAUUUCACGCAAUGUUGACAACCUUUGUCACGCUGUUAAUAGCGGGUUUCCUUUACGAGUCGUGUGCUGCAAAGUGUAGGAAAAAGAGGCUAACAGGUAAGUGUAGUGGGUUUCAUCAAACCACCUCCCAUGCCUAUCUCCUCUUUAUAAAGAGAUCCUCAGAGGCAGAUAUUCAGUCACGUGACAACUUAUGAAAUACCUCUGUUACAUCAAUAACGAGUGCAUAGAAGAGAUUUUUCUUCUCCCUUCUCCCUUCUCGACGUUCCCUUCGCGCUAUCUUUUCAAGGGGACCUUUGUGGAGAGAGGUUUAGGGGCGGGUUCGUACUCGGAUUCCAAUCAAUAAGGAACUUAAGCAGCUGCAACGAAGACGCGGGCAGCCAGAACGUCAAAAAAGAAAUGGUUUUAUGUGUGAAAAAGCAACAACUCUGCACGUGCAUCACACUUGUUGGCACUUUUUUUAACUUCUUAAAGAGACGUUUUACGGAGGACGUGAACGAGCGGCGACGAAUUUUUUUCUUUCUCGGUCUUUAUUUCUGAAGAUAGCAGCUUUUUUUACCAGACGCUAAAUAAAGAAGAUAAAAUUUGAGAGGACACAAAUUCGGCAUACUUAGUUACGUUUUUACUUCCAUCGUGGUCGUGAUUGCUUUAAGCUCCCUACUAAAACUUCAUCAAAUGCACUCUUAAUCCUUUCCCAUUAAAUUACGAAUAGGCAAUCUAGCAAGAUGGUUAAAUUUUGAUUGACAUUUAGUUCUUUCAUGAUAUCAACGAACUUUUUUAGAUAUAGAAUUUUGCUUUUCCGCCCGCAGUAGAGCAGGUUUGACUCCGAUGUGACAUUUUAUUCACUUCACCAUUGCGGAGUACAUAAAUCUAAUUUAGUGGUUACAUAUAUUUGUAACAUAUCACAGUAUUCUGUAGAUUUAUUUAUUUAUUUAUUUAUUUAUUAUUACUAUUAUUAUUAUUAUUGUUGUUGUUGUCACUAUUAUUAUUAUUCAUCUGGUUAAGAGUAGGUCAGGUCGAUAUGCCAUCUUAGUCAUCUCACUGUUGCUGAGUACAAAAGUCUAAUUUAGUAGUUUGGCGACAUUUUUUGUCUGCAAAAAAGCAGUUUGAUAUGGCACAUCACACACCGCUUUACCAUCGCGAAGUAGUAUACAAAAGUCUAAGAAUAAAUGUUCUUUUUAAUUCCACGGCUCCCAAGAGAAGUAUCAUUGAUUCAGGCAAAGCGGAAAUGGCGUUCUCUACCUUGA